AGAAUGCUAGAGGACCCAGAGAUUCAAGAAUUGAUUUCAUGGUCAAGAAGUGGAGAUUUAUUCAGUGUCGCAAAUCCUACAGUAUUCUCAAAGAUAGUACUUCCUCAAUACUUUAAGCACAACAACUGGCAAAGUUUUGUUCGCCAACUCAAUAUGUAUGGAUUUCACAAAGUAAAUGACAUGAUACAUUCAAACCUUACAAACGAAACACAAACUUGGGAAUUCAGACACCCUCAUUUCCGAAGGGGAGCGGUCGACGACUUACAGAACAUCAAAAGAAAG